GCUACCUACCUGUAUCAGGGAGAAGGACACAUUAUUUCUGGGAGUUGGCCUUUCUCUAUGUGGCUAUACCUGGACCACAGAUCUUUAAGAAACUAAAUUAAUCUGAGGUCACUUUUCUCAAAUUACCUGCUCCCAAAUCUAAUGUAUUUUCAAAAAGAAAAAAGGAAAUGGAAAGAUGAAGAUGUGUUUUCCUAAGUUGUACCUCUUCGCUUCACCUCAAACACACCAAUUUCAAAUCAUGGCCAUGUAGCGUAUAUUUUAAACGAAAGUAUUUUGGGAAGUUUUUAAUGACUGGUGUUUUAAUGUAUUUUUAAUCUUUGUUGGAAGCCGCCCAGAGUGGCUGGGGAAACCCAGGCAGAUGGGCAGGGAUUUAUUUAUUUAAAAGGCGGCACAUCCUAUCUGAGAAUGAGCAAAAUGCCUUUCUCAUUUGAUAGGGACUUUAUUUUAUUUUUAAAGAGUUUUGCAUACAUUUUACCUGACCAUUUAAAGGAGGGGGUAUUAAAAGAGGGGAAAUGACAAACAAAAGUAUUAAACGGUUGCACAUCCCACCUGAGAAUGCCUUUCCCAUUUGAAAGAGACAUUUAAACAAAAAGGUUUUAAUAAAUUUCACCUCACUAUUUUAAGGAGGGGAGUUAUUGAAAGAGGGAAAAUGACAAACAAAAGUACAGUACUUAAAGGUACUUCUCCUAUCUGAGAAUGAACAGAAUGCCUUUCUCAUCUGAAAGAGACAUUUUUUUAAAAAGAGGUUUUUCAGACAUUUUACCUCACCAAUUUAAGGAAGGGGGUUAUUGAAAGAAGGGAAACGAGUCGGGUUUGGUGCAACACUUUCAAAUAUACUUAAAAACAAAAAAGAAAUACAGAUGUGCCAUCUCUACAUCAUUGGUUUACUAUUAUGAUUGUUUAUUUUUUGUAGUGAUGUCUCUUAUCUCACUUAAACUGAACUGAACAGAUGAUUCUCAAUUUGAAUAUUGAUUCUACCUCCUUAAUCUACCCACAACUCUGGCAUUCUCGUGAGGGGAAAAGCCAUAUUGGCUUCCCUCAGAAUUGUCUCUCCCCUCAGAGCACGGAGGCCGGGACUUAGGGAGACCUGUGUUCUGAUUGGCUCUCUUACCUUUGACGCAUUCUCCCAUUGGCUCUGAGCAGUGCUCCUGUUAUGUACUGAGCUGAAUCCUAGAACAAUAGGAUUCAGAAUCAGCGGGAGCUACCCAAUCCAACUCCAGGUGGAAGUGAAUCCGCAACCUGAUUGGCCUGCUGGAGCAGCCAAUCAGGCGGCUGGCAGAAGUGAAUCUGCUACCUGAUUGGCCUGUAGGAGCAGCCAAUCAGGCUGCAGGCAGAAGUCAAUCCACAAUAUAAUUGGCCCACAGGUGUAGCCCUGAAGUAGCCAAUCACGCAAGGCCCAUUGUGUAAAUAAUGUAUAUAAGCAGAUGGUUUUGGGAAAAGAGCCAUUCGUCUUCUCUUCUUCUCCUUGAUGAAUAUGAGCUGAAUAAAGAGCAUGAAAUUCACUCUCGACUCCGAGUAUAUUUCACUGGCGACGAGGAUGGGAUCCUGCUGAGCUGACCGCCACCACGCACUGCACCGCAGCACCGCCACCUGCUGCACCGCUGCAUCGCACCGUGCAUCCAGGCUUCAGCUCCAGGACCCAAGGAACCCAGAAUGGCAACCGACAGCAGCUUCUUGCCAUUCAAACCAGCAUCAGGAGACUGGGAAGGGUACGCCGCCCGUUUCAACUUCCUCCUGCAAGCGAAAGAAGUCACCAACGAUGCCAUGAAGAGGGCGACAUUCUUCAGCGUCUGUGGAGAGGAGACGUUUGAAAUCGCCCGGGCUCUCCUUGCACCUAGAGAUGUCGCUACCGUCUCUUACAAAACAAUAAUGGAACGACUGAAGGAGCACUUUUCACCACAGCCCUCGGUGGUAGCUUGCCGAAAUGCCUUCUACGCAAAGCGGCAAGCCCCGGGGGAAACCAUAACUGGGUUUGUGACCUCCCUCCGCCAAGCCGCCCGGUUAUGCAACUUCUCAGAGUUGGAGAACAUGCUUCGUGACCGCCUCGUCGGUGGCCUGAGGGACGAGAUGUUGCAACGACGCCUCUACGCCAAAAAAGACCUCACGUUCCAGAUUGCUCUGGAGGAAGCCCUGGCAACCGAAGCCGCCGAGAGGUCAACGCAAGAGGCACGACCGGCCCCGCCAUCCCAACCGAGGGUCUACCACAAAGACCUCACCGACGAAUCCGAAUCUGACAGGGAGGAAGUACACCGAGUACAGCGGCGCACUCAAGUAGCACAGCACAGCACCCCAAUCACAACGACGGGCCGGAGCCCAGCUGAACUACUCAUGGGCCGGCGCCUUGCAACUAGACUGGACCGACUUCACCCCGACAGAGCUCAGGAUGAGGGUGGAGGGUGCCGACCUCGUUCUUGCCAUCCUGGAUGCAGCGGAAAUGGCCCAGAAGCCUAACCAACUGGUCCCCGCCUUGCUGGACAUCCUGGACUAUCCGAAAGGGACCCAGCCGUACUUCCUGGUUCUGAACAAGAUGGACCUGCUUGGCGACGAGGAACGGGCGGAUCUGCUGGCCAACUGUGCCGACUCAGACCUGGCGCCGACCUGCUUCCUCUCUUGCAAAACAGGAGAAGGGAUCGCUACCUUCCUGAGCACGUUAGGGAAGCAGCUGGCCCACAUGUGCGGUGACCCUCUCACAGGUUCCCCCAGCCCCACGCAGGCACGCCACCAGCUCAGCUUAGCCAAAUGCCUAGAGGCCCUAGGGGGCUUCGGCCACUACCGGUCUGUGGAUCUCGCUCUGGCCGCGGAGGAAUUGCGGCAGGCCCGGCGACUGCUGGGACGUCUGACGGGACAAGUGGGGUCCGAAGAGAUCUUGGAGCUCAUCUUCAAGGAUUUUUGCAUUGGCAAGUGAAGGAGGCAACAGAGAGCAUCUUUAGGAGGCGGGUGCAGCUGGAGCAUGGCGCCACCUGGCGCUUGGGGGUGCUUCUGCGGUUUGAAGUAUAUUUUGACUGGGGCAAAGGGACCUUGAGACUCUUGUCAAUGGAUGGGAUAGCGUCAGAGCUGUCCUGGCAGGUGCAGGAUUUUGCGGAGGGAAAGCAAUGUUUGGGGCAGAGCAUUGAUAUUCCGGAUGUCAUACUUUAAAAAAACUUUAAAACGCUAGUUAAAAUAGCGGUUAUGCAUUUUAUGCUGUGCAGAAAACAGGAUGACAAUGAUGUUUUAAUAAAAAAGUUAUGAGAAGUUAUAUAUUGAGGCAGAUGUUUAUUUUGAGAACUGAGAUUUAUGUAUGACGACGGAUUUAUAUAUAUUUGUUUAUUUUCUACCCCUCCACAGCUGGCGAGCUGUGCCUUAUCAUAGCUUUUCAGCUGAAGCAAAUUACAGCUGAUGGUUGACUGUUCUCUUUUCAAGUUUGAGAAAUGGCUUUUGAAAUGUUAUUAUCAAUGUUGAAAAUGUUUUCACACACACACACACACACACCACUAAAAACUUCCAACAUGCUGCAUAUUGUGCCUGAAAAUUAUGUUCUAUUUGGCUUGAACUGGAGUGGGGACACACCGCAAAGGAUAUCAUAGGACUCACAGUAGUCGUUUUUCUGCCCAUCUUGACUAAAUAAGAUCCCUGUAUUUUGCUACCAAAAAGAAUGAGCCUUUUUCUCAUGCAGUCUUAAAAGCAACCAAUCUCCCCCAGAAUAAAAGGCCAGUCUACAUUGUUUGCUGAAAUAAAAUAUUCCACCCCGCACAUCCACAUUUUUUCACCUUUAUUGCAGAUAAAGGAGAACUGGGCCAAAGCGAACAAUAUGAAUUUCAAUAGCCACAAAUGUUAAGUUUCUAUACUUAAGCAAGAAUAAGCAGCUGCACAAAUAUGGCUCGCCAGCAGUACAUGUGAAAAGGUUCUAGGGCAGGCACCCCCAAACUGCGGCCCUCCAGAUGUUUUGGCCUACGACUCCCAUGAUCCCUAGCUAACAGGACCAAUG